UCGGCCCAUCACUACAUGUGGUGUGAUUCUUGAUGAAGACAUAUGAAUUCUUGCGAAAUUAAGAAUUCUGCCUCCGGUUUUCUAUCAGCUAUGGGAAUUCCUGCUUUUCUAAAACCAUAUGUAAAAUGGGAUUAUUUAGGACGGGAAGAGCUGGCAGGAUUUGAUCGCUAUAAGUAUAAGUCACUUGAUACUUCGCCCAUUUCCAACUACUUAACACAUCCCUUUUGGAAUCGUGUCGUUAAGUUUUUUCCCUUAUGGUUUGCUCCAAAUCUUAUGACAUUCAUUGGGUGGUUAUUUCUAGUGUCUGUUUACCUUGUCACAUAUUACUAUGAUCCACACUUCAAGGCUGGCUUAGGAAAACAUACUGGAUAUCACAUACCACCAAACUGGUGGAUUUAUUUUGCUUUAGCACAGUUUUUAGCACAUACUUUAGAUGGUAUUGAUGGAAAGCAAGCCCGUCGCACCAAUAGUAGUACUCCCCUGGGUGAGCUCUUUGACCAUGGAUUAGACAGUUCUGCUGUAUGGUUGAUAACUAUUGGUCUGUUUUCUGUCUUUGGUCAUGGGAAAGGAUGUGUAACAGUGUGGGAAUUCUACGCUAUUUAUCUCAUCUGUUUGCUGGGUUUUUUCCUUGCUCAUUGGGAGAAAUACAACACUGGCGUGUUGAACUUGCCUUGGGCUUAUGAUGGCAGUCAGUUGUCAAUUACUGGAGUUUACUUGCUGACUUAUGCCUUUGGUACUGAAUUUUGGAAAUCUGAGAUGGCAUAUUUAGGAAUCAAGUAUACAGAUGGUUUUAGGAUUAUUGUAUAUGGGUCUUGUAUCUUUUUAACUACUCCAAUGUGCUUAUAUUCUGUGUAUAUAGCCCAUAAGAACAAUUCUGGUCGUGGUAUAUCAGUGACGGAAGGCUUGAUGCCAUUCUGCCCAUUGGUUUUAUGUGUUGGCUUGUUCACUGUUUGGGGUUUGAUCUCACCGUCUGAUAUAUUAAAUGGUCAUUCUAAACUAUUUGUCACUGCUGUUGGUAUCGUCUAUUCUAACAUAACAUGUCGUCUUAUUGUCAGCACCAUGUGUUAUCAGCAGUGUGAGCGAUUUAACCAUUUGUUGUAUCCGCUGAUAGUAUUGGUUUUACUGGUGCCUUUCUUGCAUGAUGGUGCAGAAUAUGUUGCCUUAGCUUUUUAUACUGUCAUAGUUGCUGUAGCUCAUCUUCACUAUGGUAUAUCAGUGGUAAAUGAGUUGUGUGAUCAUCUUAAAAUUAAAUGUUUUUCAUUGAAGAAACCUUAAUGUGAAUGAAUCAACCAGUUAAAUAAUGAAUUAAUCUCAAAUGUUUCCUUGUACUUGGGAGAAAUGAUUCCGGUACAAUGGUGUAAUAAUCACAAAACUGGUUUAGGCUAAGUAUGGCAUGGAAAAUUAUGCAGUUGGAGUUGACUGAUAACAGCUUUUAAGGUUUUGGUAAUUAUUCAUGCCAUAUGAUAAGUAGAAUAUGUUUGCAUUUGUAAUUAUUUCAGUAGUUAUUCCUUCAAAAGUAAAUAAUUGGCAGUGUGCAGUGAUGCCAUUUUGUGCAACAAGGCAUGAUAGGAGUUGUAGUCCUCACACUAUUUGAUAUCCCCUAAAACAGUCCUAAAGAAAAAUAAACAGAUUUGAGUGAGAUUUAAUUUUUAGGGCCUGUGCAAAGUGUGAGUGAGUGUCAAUUUGACUACAACUCCCAUCAUGCUUUAUUGCCUAUUUUAUCCCUCAAUGAAUUGCACUUUUGAAUGAAAUAUGUUAAAUGGCUACCAGCUCAUGCUCAGGACAUGGAGAAUUGAUGGAUAGCCCUUGUCCAAUUAUUACACAAUAUUAUAUUUAAAUAAAUUAUACAGUGCUGAUUAUUGGUCAAAAUAUUUAGCUAUUGAGGAUAUAAAAAGAACGUAAAUCUUGUUUUUAAUGAUUUGGUUGUCGGUUCAUGCCAUUUGAAUAUAUCCCUGUUGUCAUGGCAAAGGUACAAAAAAUAGACAAAUAGGUAAAUAUGUUUUGUUUUGUUUUUGUUUUUUAACUUUAGAACUUUAAUUCAACAAAGUGAGAACGAGUUUCAGUUCAAUAUUUUGAUAUGUUCAUCAUAACUGAAAGUGUGAUCUAGCUUUUCAAAAGCAUUUUAAUUGAAAUUGUGAAUUUCCACAACAUUGAUUGUAUCUUCAUUUUGUAUGAAAAUUAGGAAUUACUUUAAAUAUUCUAAAUAUUGAAUGAUCAACUCAAAAUCUUUAAAUGUAUAUAGUUAUCAAGUGUGUAGAAAGGAAACAAAGGGACUCGUGACAUACUAUAACUAUUGGAUCUGAUACCUAAGUUUAUUUCUAAGUAAUAAUUACAUGUAGAUAACAUGGUUUCUAUAUUUCUUUUUGUACAAAGUCCUUUUUCCUUAUAUUUUGUGAAGAAAGAUGCCAAAACACCUGCAUUUCCUUAUGAAAUAUAAGAUUUGUUUAAUUAGUCAUCUAAAUUUGACUGGCUGUAAGGUAAAGCACUGAAAGGUCAAAAUCCUUUUUUCUGCAGAUCACAUGAAGAUCAUCACCUAUUUUUACUCUGUGAACAGAUCUACUUUUCUCACUCGCCUCACAUUCCGGUGAGGGAGACAAGUUGGUCUGUUCAUAAAAAGCUUAGUUGCAGCCAAUCAAAUACACCACUGUUAGCUUCUAUUUAAUUAUAUUGUUCUUGGUUUCUCUUCAGCAUUUCUCAAUAAAUGUCAUUGUACAGG